CCGGAUAUGUUAUUCUUCUUCCGGCUUGUGCGUAGUUGCCGGUCAAGAUGGCUUCUCAGCAGCAGCAGCAGCAACAACCCGGCGGGUCGAUGGCUCAGGCCGCAUUACAACAGCCUACUUUACAGCAGUUGAGUCAACUGCAAGACUUUGAUCCAGUUCACAGAUUUAAAACGCUUAUUCCACAGCUGAAGGAGAGUCUGCAGAAUGUAAUGAAGAUUGCAUCCCUGAAUUUGGCCCAUAACACGUCAAUUGACAACGGCAUCAAAAGCAGCGACGCCUCUGUUCAGCGCUUUGACAAAAGCCUCGAGGAGUUUUAUGCCCUUUGCGAUCAACUGGAGCUGUGUUUGCGGCUGGCGUAUGAGUGCCUCUCCCAGAGCAUUGACAGCGCCAAACAUUCACCCAACCUGGUCCCAACAGCCACCAAACCAGACACAGUGCAGACAGAGUCCAUGUCUUAUGCCCAAUACCUCGGCAUGAUCAAGUCUCAGAUUUCCUGUGCCAAAGAUAUCCACAAUGCUUUGUUGGAGUGUUCCAAGAAGAUCGCAGGAAAGGCACAGCCUCAGGGAAUCAUGUAGACCUGGAUGUGACUACCCCAACUCUUUCUGCAUCUGGUGACAUUUUUGAGAAAGAUGAUGGAUUUCAUAUUUGGGGCUGUCCCAUAUUCAGAACUCAGUUUUGCGCUACAUCGGUCAUGAUGCUGUUUAUUUGGUUAAGCAUUUUUAAAAGUUAUGUUUCUUGUAAACACUGUGUAAAUAUUCCUGACAAAGAGUCAUGCUCUGAGAUGACCAGCAGGUGGUGGCAGAGUUGUAACAGCCAACUCAAUAUUCACAAGUCUUUUGUAGCUUAUUUGUAUUGAAUAUUAAAACCUUUCUACUGAUA